CCUCGAACAGGGCAUCCUCGAGUGGGCGAUGUACCGACAGGAUCAUUCACUGCAUGCACAUCCAAGAUUUAACACGUCACCAUGUCUCUCAAAGCUUCAUUUCAAGAUCUCCCGCUCGAACUGGUCAACCACAUCUUUAUAUAUCUCGCAGCAAACCCGCAGGAUGUGUGCGCCGCCCGCCUGACUUGCUCUUCUUGGGCCGCCAUCGGCGUCGACCACCUCCUACACGUUGUUCCGCUGGUUUUCAAAUACGAUCGCCUCGCACGGUUGUCCGAGAUCGCCAAGCAUCCCCGCAUCCCGAGGACUGUCCGCUCGCUGUUCUAUCAGGCUGACCAGUACUACCCUCGCCUCCCAUUGGAAAGCUGCACGGCGUGUGAGCGUGGCUAUGUCUGUCUGCCCCGUCAGCGACUAUACGAUUACGAGGAGCAGCGCGAGGACUUCGCCGAUUCACCCGACCCGGUCAGAAACCCCCAGUUGUGCAAAACAGACCUCAAACGAAUACAGCGAAAGGAUCCCGCGAGGCGCAUUCUUCGAUCGAACGAUAGGAGCGAGCAAACUUACCACCGCUACUUCUUCCUCGCAGCGGAUGAUAUGCACUUGAUCGCCUCCGACAUCGAUGUUUACCACCUCACUCACCUUUUUAGCGCAUGCCCGAAUCUAGACGACGUCACCAUCAAAGUCGGCCGGUCCGAAGAUCACCAAAGAUAUCCUCGCAUGCUAGAUCUAGCGUUCGAAGGAAUCGUACAGCCGCCUUCGCAGAUCAGCAUAUCUCCGCGUGGAGUCCAGCCCGUCGAGGCGCUGGCAAGAGUUACGGAGAAAACUGGCCGGCUCUUGAAGCGUCUCACGUUGGUGGGGCUGACCCACGAACUCCUCGAAGGGAAUUACGUGGUCCUCGACAAGGUCCGCAAUCUAGUGCGCUCUUUGCACGAGCUGGAGAUCCGCUUCGAAUCCUCGGAAGACGAGCUCACGUCAUCGCUAUCAAACAUGUAUUCGGUCUUGAUGCGUGGGGAGCUACGCAAGCUUCUAGCCGCCGCAACCGAGCUUCGCGUCCUGAAGCUCGACUUCAAGGUCAUCGACACAGGGUUCCAUCCGGAAUUGCUUGCAAUCGCCGACCUGUCCCAACUUACUCCCGCCUCUGCCUGGGCGCAUCUUCGCGAACUCCAUCUGGGCAGCUUCGCGGUCGAAGAAGACGAUUUGUGUCGUCUGAUCAAUCGACAGCAUCCCACGCUGGAACGCGUGUCCCUUGCCAACGUAGACCUGCACUACGGCAGUUGGCCCUCCGUCUUCACCCGCUUCGCCCAGCUCACCCCGAGGCUGCAGCACGUCCGGUUGCGCGGGAAAUUCGUGACGUUCGACGACGGCGUGCCGCCGGACUUUGAUUUCGAUUGCGAGGACGGCGACCUCAGGCCCUCCAACUUCCUUCGCGACGCUGUCGAAACGUACAUCGUGCACGGCGGCGAUUAUCCCGACGUGGAUGCGCUUCUGGCGCGCGACGUCACGGCUGCGUCCGCGCUUUUGCAUUCCGGGGAGAACCUUGGCAAAGGCACAGCGACGCAGAUUCUGGAUUGGUGGCUGAUGCACGAUCGAUCUGAGGACUACGAGUCCGCGGUGCGGUUCUGGAAAGCGGUGGCAAGCGAUAACGAUAUGACUAGCCAUACAGUGUAGAUGUGCAAGCGAAAGGGGUAUCCUCAAAGUUCAGAUGGCUACCACCCGCAGAA